UGCAUAUACCUUGCAGCCAGUUGGGUUUCUCGGUAUUUUUUCUGUGCCCACUUUGUGCUCUUUUGUUUAUUUUCACAGACAAACGCAGGAAAUGAACCAGACGCGGAAGACGAACAAGUUUGCUGUGAAGCACUGGAGGUGAUGACCCUGUGUUUUGCUUUGAUUCCAACGGCACUGGAUGCACUCAGUAAAGAAAAGGCAUGGCAGACGUUUAUCAUUGAUUUGCUGUUGCACUGUCACAGCAAAACUGUUCGUCAGAUGGCACAGGAGCAAUUCUUUUUAAUGGCUACCAGGUGUUGCAUGGGACAGAGACCCCUCCUUUUCUUCAUUACCCUGCUAUUUACUGUUCUAGGGAGCACUGCAAGAGAGAGAGCUAAGCAUUCUGGAGACUACUUCACUCUCUUAAGACAUCUUCUUAACUAUGCUUACAACAGUAACAUUAAUGUACCCAAUGCUGAAGUUCUUCUCAAUAAUGAAAUUGACUGGCUUAAGAGGAUUAGGGAUGAAGUAAAAAGAACAGGAGAAACAGGCGUUGAAGAAACGAUCUUAGAGGGUCACCUUGGAGUAACAAAGGAGUUGUUAGCAUUCCAGACACCUGAGAAGAAAUACCAUAUUGGUUGUGAAAAAGGAGGUGCUAAUCUCAUUAAAGAGUUGAUAGAUGAUUUCAUCUUUCCAGCAUCCAAUGUUUAUCUACAAUACAUGAGAAAUGGAGAAUUGCCUGCUGAGCAGGCCAUACCAGUCUGUAGUUCACCAGCUACUAUUAAUGCUGGCUUUGAGCUCCUAGUUGCACUAGCAGUUGGAUGUGUCCGAAAUCUGAAACAGAUAGUAGACACCUUGACUGAGAUGUAUUACAUAGGUACAGCAAUCACUACUUGUGAAGCUCUUACAGAAUGGGAAUAUCUACCACCUGUUGGGCCUCGACCACCAAAGGGGUUUGUAGGACUAAAAAAUGCUGGUGCCACUUGUUACAUGAAUUCUGUCAUUCAGCAGCUGUACAUGAUUCCAGCCAUCAGGAAUGGAAUUCUUGCAAUUGAAGGCACAGGCAGUGAUGUAGAUGAUGACAUGUCUGGGGAUGAAAAGCAGGACAAUGAGAGCAAUGUUGACCCUCGAGAUGAUGUGUUUGGUUAUCCGCAUCAGUAUGAAGACAAACCAGCACUGAGUAAAACAGAAGACAGAAAAGAGUACAACAUUGGAGUUCUGAGGCACCUCCAAGUAAUUUUUGGUCAUUUAGCAGCUUCCAGGCUACAGUACUAUGUACCAAGAGGGUUUUGGAAACAAUUUAGACUGUGGGGUGAACCUGUAAAUCUCCGUGAACAACAUGACGCUUUAGAAUUUUUUAAUUCCUUGGUGGACAGUUUAGAUGAAGCUUUAAAAGCUUUGGGCCAUCCAGCAAUGUUAAGUAAAGUUUUAGGAGGGUCCUUUGCUGAUCAGAAGAUUUGUCAAGGAUGCCCACAUCGGUACGAAUGCGAGGAAUCCUUCACAACUCUGAAUGUAGAUAUAAGAAAUCACCAAAACCUUCUUGAUUCUUUGGAACAGUACGUCAAAGGAGAUUUAUUGGAAGGUGCAAAUGCAUAUCAUUGUGAAAAAUGCAACAAAAAGGUUGAUACAGUGAAACGCUUGUUGAUUAAGAAGUUGCCUCCAGUUCUUGCAAUCCAGCUGAAACGAUUUGAUUACGACUGGGAAAGGGAAUGUGCAAUCAAGUUCAAUGAUUAUUUUGAAUUUCCACGAGAGCUGGACAUGGAGCCUUACACUGUGGCAGGUGUCGCUAAAUUGGAAGGAGAUGAUGUAAAUCCUGAAAACCAGAUAAUACAAAAUGAACAGUCUGAAAACGAACACUCUGGGAGCACAAAAUACAGGCUCGUUGGUGUCCUUGUACACAGUGGCCAGGCCAGUGGUGGACAUUAUUACUCGUACAUUAUCCAGAGGAAUGGUGGAGAUGGUGAGAAAAAUCGGUGGUAUAAGUUUGACGAUGGAGAUGUGACAGAGUGUAAAAUGGAUGAUGAUGAAGAAAUGAAAAAUCAGUGUUUUGGUGGAGAAUACAUGGGAGAAGUAUUUGAUCACAUGAUGAAGCGUAUGUCCUACAGACGCCAGAAGAGGUGGUGGAAUGCUUACAUUCUUUUUUAUGAACGUAUGGACACAAUAGACAAAGACAAUGAACUAAUCAAAUAUAUUUCAGAACUCGCUAUCACCACUAAACCCCAUCAGAUUAAAAUGCCAUCAGCCAUUGAACGAAGCGUACGGAAGCAGAACGUGCAGUUCAUGCAUAACCGUAUGCAGUACAGCCUUGAAUAUUUCCAGUUCAUAAAGAAGUUGCUUACUUGUAACAGUGUCUACUUAAACCCUCCUCCAGGACAAGAUCAUCUGUUGCCUGAAGCAGAAGAAAUAACUAUGAUUAGUAUUCAGCUUGCUGCUAGAUUUCUCUUCACCACAGGAUUUCAUACAAAGAAAAUAGUCCGUGGCCCUGCUAGUGAUUGGUAUGAUGCAUUAUGCAUCCUUCUUCGUCACAGCAAGAAUGUACGCUUUUGGUUUGCACACAACGUCCUUUUUAAUGUUUCAAACCGCUUCUCUGAGUAUCUUCUGGAAUGCCCUAGCGCAGAAGUGAGGGGUGCAUUUGCAAAACUUAUAGUAUUUAUUGCACAUUUUUCGUUGCAAGACGGACCGUGUCCUUCACCUUUUGCGUCUCCUGGACCUUCCAGUCAGGCUUAUGAUAACUUAAGUUUAAGUGAUCACUUACUGAGAGCGGUACUAAAUCUUCUAAGAAGGGAAGUAUCUGAACAUGGGCGCCAUUUGCAGCAGUAUUUCAAUCUGUUUGUGAUGUAUGCCAAUCUAGGUGUAGCAGAGAAGACACAACUUCUGAAACUAAAUGUUCCUGCAACCUUCAUGCUUGUGGCUCUCGAUGAAGGUCCAGGCCCUCCAAUUAAAUACCAGUAUGCUGAACUGGGGAAGCUAUACACUGUUGUGUCACAACUGAUCCGUUGUUGCAAUGUGUCAUCGCGGAUGCAGUCUUCUAUCAAUGGUAAUCCCCCACUUGCCAACCCUUACGGUGAUCCUAAUUUAUCUCAACCUAUAAUGGCGCUUCAGCAGAACGUAGCAGACAUUUUGUUCGUGAGAACUAGCUAUGUGAAGAAAAUUAUUGAAGAUUGCAGCAACUCUGAAGAGACCAUCAAGUUGCUUCGUUUCUGCUGUUGGGAGAAUCCUCAGUUCUCUUCCACUGUCCUCAGCGAACUUCUUUGGCAGGUUGCAUAUUCAUAUACAUAUGAGCUUCGACCUUAUCUGGAUCUACUUCUGCAAAUCCUGUUAAUUGAGGACUCUUGGCAAACUCACAG